AUGCAGUUGCUGCCCACAUUAAGUGACGCAGCUAGCCCUGGGACGCACGCGUUUCUUAAACCGGAUUUUAUGCUAAAACUUUAUCGUGCCGCGAGUCGUUGUGCUCCGUCAGAGUCUACAUCUGGCAUGGAUUUGUCGGAUCACAGUGUGUGGUUACGUUCCGUUUUUGCCAAUCCAGAAUCCCCCUGCAUUCUUGUAUUGUGCCCGGAUGUGGAUGAGCCGAGAAGCCAGUCUACUCGAACCAAACGUGCACGCUCAGAUAACCCCGUUUCUCACUCUUCUGGCGCGAAAAUGCACACCCCAAUCUGUCCCGUGUGCGCGGAGAAACAGACAUCUUCUAGACCAGUAGCAUCUGGCUCUAAACGACGCAGUAGAUCAGGGUCAAUCAGCGAAUCCAGUAGUCCUGUUUACCAUUUGAUCAAACCGAAUCAGGUCUGCUGGGUUCGUUCUCGAUUGCCCGAUCCUCCGAUGGACACUUCAUCGGGGCGUCUAGAAUCCAACGAGGAGGAUGGUGAAGAUGAUGAAGACGAGGAUGAUGAUCGUGAUUCAGUGAACCCUCAUGCGGACCAGUGCGUGCUCCAACCCACUGUCACUUCCGAUCACUCCACGCCGGUCCUCGUCGAUCGGGCUAGUACACGAGUGUUCGCUUUGAGUGACUGUUACGGCGCAGAGCAUCGUUCCUUUUUUGUGGAUAUACUUGGAGUUCCGUUCACAUCCUCGCUGGACGAAGUGUUAUCUCUCCGACCUCAAGUAAAAGCAGUUCGUGAUGGUCAGGUCACAUGGUCGCUAAAGCAGUGGUGUUAUUUCGGACGUCGUUUGGGUCAAUGGUAUGCACUGUUGGACCAUUGGCUCCUGUUGCUCACCGGGCCUUGCGUUCCACCCACCCAAGCGCAUCCCACUGUUUUGUCCUCCAACAGUCACUCCGCAAGCCGAUCGAACCCGCCUUCACAAAACGAAACACGGUAUGCUGCACUUCGAAAGAUUUUUGAAUUUCCGCUGCUACUUGCUGCCAACGGUCAGUGGUAUAGACCUUCGGAC